AUGGUAUCAGAGCGAGAAGAUCCAACUAUGGCAGAUAAUUUAGCUAAUCCGAAUGCAAGCCCUUCAUCAAAUUCCGCUGCAGAUUUUGAGAAUUUCACCGCUUUCAUGCGUCAAUUCUCUCAAUUCCAGGCACAUCUUGGCAGAUUUAGUUCCUCUUCUGCAAUUUCUGAUCCGAUUAGCCAUUAUUUUCUUCAUCCAGGAGAAAGUCCUGGUUUGGCCCUAAUUCCACUUAAGUUGACACCUCAAAAUUAUUAUCAGUGGUCGCACGAUAUGUGGAGAGCACUCAGAUCGAAGAACAAGGUGAAAUUCCUCGAUGGAUCCAUUCUAAAACCAGGUGAAGGUGAUCCUAAUUUUGAAGCAUGGGAUAGGUGUAACAAUUUUCUCCUCUCCUGGAUCAACCUCUCUCUCAGCCCUGAAAUCGCUAAGAGCGUGAUGCGGAUUAGCUCAGCUCCAAACUUGUGGAAUGAUUUAAAACGUCGUUACUCACAGGGAGAUGUCUUUCAAGUUGGUACGUUAAAAGAAGAAUUUUAUGCACUCAAACAAGGUGAUCUUACUGUUACCUCUUACUUUGCUAUGUUGAAAGCUAUUUGGGAAGAAUUAGAAAAUUUACGUGCUAUUCCUAGUUGUGUUGCUUGUGUUAAUGGAUGUUUAUGUGGAUUACAAAUUGUUCGAGACUAUGCUUCUGAGGAAUAUGUUGUCAAAUUCUUAAAAGGAUUGAAUGAGCAAUAUUCAAAUGUUAAAUCACAAAUCAUGUUAAUAAAGCCGUUACCUGAAAUCAACACAAGGUGCAAAACUCAACUGGAGGCGGUUCAUUUUCUGGAAGAGGUACAGUUUGUGGUGGUUCAUUUUCUGGAAGAGGCAGAGGACGUGGACGAAAUUCCGGCAGAGGAUUCAAGGUCGUCCUCAGAAGCAGAAUAUCGCGCCCUUGCUAAUGGCACUUGUGAACUCGUUUGGUUACUCAAACUACUAAAAGAAUUCAACAUUCUUCCUCCUCUUCCGGUUGAUAUCUUCUGUGAUAAUAAAUCUGCUAUCUAUAUUGCUUCAAAUCCUGUCUUUCAUGAAAGAACCAAGCAUGUUGAGGUUGAUUGUCAUGUGGCUCGAAACAAGUUCAAAGAAGGGGUUUCUAAUCUUAGGCACGUUGUCUCCAGUGAACAACCGGCUGAUCUAUUCACUAAAUCCCUUCCUCCAGGACCAUUCUCUCAUUUGCUUUCCAAGCUGGGAUUACUUGAUUUGCACAAACCACGUAAUACCAGCUUGCGGGGGAUGUAA